GCUGAGAUCCCGCUGCGAGUUGCAAGCCCCCUGGGCAGUUCGAGGACCUGGAAAGGAGGUCCCCUGCUGGUGGCUCUGAGCCUGGGGCUUCCAAUUCGUGCGAGACUGAAAACAGCGGAGCGGCUACCGGACUCUCACUAAAGCAAGCUGUAACAUGCAGCCGCCGGCAAGCCAGUGCGGACGCGCCUUGGUGGCGCUGCUGCUGGCCUGCGGCUUGUUGGGAGUUUGGGGAGAGGAAAGAGGAUUCCCACCUGCCCAAGCUACACCGUCUCUUCUGGGGACUAGAGAGGUAAUGACGCCACCCACUAAGACCUCCUGGACAAGAGGUUCCAACUCGAGUCUGACGCGUUCCUUAGCACCUGCGGAGGUGCCCAAAGGAGGGAGGGUGGCUGGAGUCCAGCCAAGAUCCUUCCCUCCUCCGUGCCAACGAAAUAUUGAGAUCAGCAAGACUUUUAAAUACAUCAACACGAUUGUGUCCUGCCUCGUGUUCGUGCUAGGCAUCAUCGGCAACUCCACGCUGCUGAGAAUCAUCUACAAGAACAAGUGCAUGCGAAAUGGUCCCAAUAUCUUGAUUGCCAGUCUGGCUCUGGGAGACCUACUACACAUCGUCAUCGACAUCCCCAUUAACGUCUACAAGCUGCUUGCAGAAGACUGGCCAUUUGGAGCUGAGAUGUGUAAGAUGGUGCCCUUCAUACAGAAGGCUUCUGUAGGGAUCACUGUGCUGAGUCUAUGCGCUCUAAGUAUUGACAGAUAUCGAGCUGUUGCUUCUUGGAGUCGAAUUAAAGGAAUCGGGGUUCCAAAAUGGACAGCAGUAGAAAUUGUUUUAAUUUGGGUUGUCUCUGUGGUUCUGGCUGUCCCUGAAGCCAUAGGUUUUGAUAUGAUUACGACAGACUACAAAGGAAAGUCUCUAAGGGUCUGCCUGCUUCAUCCAGUUCAGAAAACAGCCUUCAUGCAGUUCUACAAGACAGCCAAGGACUGGUGGCUGUUCAGUUUCUACUUCUGCUUGCCACUGGCUGUUACCGCUAUCUUCUACACCUUGAUGACCUGUGAAAUGCUGAGGAAGAAGAGUGGCAUGCAAAUCGCCUUAAAUGAUCACUUAAAGCAGAGACGAGAAGUGGCCAAAACGGUAUUCUGCCUGGUCCUGGUUUUCGCUCUCUGUUGGCUUCCGCUCCACCUCAGCAGGAUUCUGAAGCUCACGCUUUAUGACCAAAGCGAUCCUCACAGAUGUGAACUUUUGAGCUUUUUGUUGGUUUUGGACUACAUUGGAAUCAACAUGGCUUCUUUGAAUUCCUGCAUUAAUCCAAUUGCUCUGUAUUUGGUGAGCAAAAGAUUCAAAAACUGCUUUAAGUCCUGCUUGUGCUGCUGGUGCCAAACAUUUGAGGAAAAACAGUCCUUGGAGGAAAAGCAAUCCUGCUUGAAGUUCAAAGCUAAUGAUCACGGAUAUGACAACUUCCGUUCCAGCAAUAAAUACAGCUCGUCUUGAAGGAAAGAAUAUUUGCUUAAUCUCAUCGUCCUCAUUUUAGACAGAUAUCAUUGGAACAAAAUGAAACCUUCGCCAAAUCCAAUGGAAAGCAGUGUUUGCAGAAAGACAUGCACAGAUGUAAGAGGGAUUAUUUUCAACAGUUGUGACUUUUAACACCUGAUAUUCAUGAGCUGUUUACAACCUAAGAAAGCAAUGAAAAUGGAUGAAGCCUCCGUGGGAAGCACUUAGAUUUUUAGUCAGCACUUCAGCACAGCUCUUAAAAGCUCCCAGUAUAUUCAUAUGCCACUUACAUUUAAAAACGAGUUAACUCAGAACUUCUCUUAAGGAGUUUAUCAACCAGUCAUAUGAAUCUGAGUCAGGGAAAGUGUGACAUUGGGAAAAAAAAGUUUAAAAUGAAGUUUCAAGUACUCAAUUUGAAGCUUAAAAUAAAUCCAUUAAUAAACUUUUUAUGCAUAAUGCCAUGCCAUUUAAAUUGUAACUGUAUGUGAAAUGUGAAAGCAAUGUGGUUGGUGUACUCUUUGGGUCAUUACAGACACCGAGAUGAUCAGAAGCGGGUAUAAGAAAGAGAGAUGGGGAAAUGUUUGGAAAUCAUUAUGCUCUUUACAUUCAAAUAAGAGCAAAUGUCACAGAGAAAAAACAUGGGGAUGUGUGAGCUGCUCUCACUGAGACUUCUGAACUUCCCAUUCACACACACUAAAGAAAAACACAGAACAGAACACUACCUAUGAUUUCUCAUGGUUCUUUCAAAUAUCCUUCCUUUUGAUUAGUUUCAUCAUCUGUAAAUACUUAGUUACAUGCACUACAUGUAGAUGAUUUAACAAAGGGCAGGUCCCAGCAUUCAUAGCUUUAUGACGAAGAAAUGCCAGUAACCAGGUAAUAGACAGAAUGUGAAUUGCCUGGUGCAGUGUCCACAUGGCAAAGAAGCAAGGCGCAUCCUUCCAGCCGUGCUACGGUUAAAAUGGUCACAGCACGAUAUGAUAGUUAAAACACCAUCUUUUAGAGUCAUAGAAAUUAGUCAUUGUAACCAGCUAUGUUGGAGUUAUAUUGCUAAUUUUUUUAUGUUAUUUCUGGAAAAAGUCAGUAGGAAGGUGAUCUGGACAUGGUGCUUUUUCUAAAACUUAAGAGGCCAAACUGCUUUGGGAGACGGCAAAACGCCCCACACUGUGUGCGUUCUUAAUCUGCUUCCCCGACAUGCCCUAGGUUCACUCCGGAUGAGCAGCGUGUGAAGAAUGCCCAAGAGAAAACCAAGAGAGAGGAAAUGAGGUGGGGUAGGAGGAAGCCUGUGGGGGAAGAGUCCCAUUCUUAGCCCUGCCUUCGUCACUGCUGCGUCAUAUCAGAGCGAAAGGUCCUGGGUUGGCUCCAGCAAAACACAGUGCAGCGUUCUCAGGGUGACUGGGGAACAAGUCAAGCCCGAGAGCUUUAACUUUGUCUUAAAAUAUAACAGAAUUUCCUUUUUUUUUUUUCUUUUAGUAACCCAGGCCACAUGUUGAAAAUGAGCUAAGAAUGCAGUUUUCUGCCAAAAUCUACUGUGGCAAUACAAUAAACCCAAAUACGACAAUGAGGUAAAAAAAAAAAAAAAAAAAAAAAAGGACAAUAAUGAGCUGGCAUGCCACAAGGACUCUGCUUAGGAGUCACCCAGAGUUCUGGUUUAUGGGUUCCGUCUCAUCAUUUUUUACAAAUACUUUUCAUCAUAAAAAACAUCCCAGAUUUUCAAUUUUCAAUUAGCUAUGGGUCUCCAGCACUUUCCCAGUGUGAAUGAACGUGUUUUUAAUUCCCAUCAUGUUUUAGAUGGAUUUUAUUGCUGUGUACUAAGUUCUUGCAUCUUAAUGUCCUUCUAGUUUAACCCAAAUGCUUUUCCCUCUAAAUGUCAGACUCGUGAGCAAAAAUCAUCUUGCCAAAUUAUGAAAUGGCAUAAGUAAACUAUUCAUACAGUAUUUGCAAUACAAUUGCAUUCAGUGGCUUUUUUUAUUCAAAAUUUUAGCAUACAGAUAAAGGGUGAUAAGAAACAAACAUAACCUCUGAAUAAUUAAAAAUCAAGAUAAGAAAACAUGCCACCUUCUAACUUUAUAGCAUAUUUGAUAAUAUUCAAGCUGCCUAAUCUAGUGACGCAUAAAAAUAGUGUUAAUAAGGAUGUUUUACGUCAAAAAAUUGAUAAGUGAUUUUAACCUAUUUUCUCCUCAAUUACCAGUGCUAAUGUUGGUCUGUGUUCAAACAUUUCGUAUAUCGACAAUGUACAACAGGCCAAGGAACACUGUUUUCAUCGAAACUUGGGUUUGUUGUAUCUAACAUACAAUAGUAGUAUAGUUAUGUAAAAUAAUUGUGUUUUGUUGUGAUAUGGUCACUUAAAGUGGCAGCUGGUAUAAUUGCUGACUUUGUAUUGUGUGAACAAACCAAUAAACAUUCAAUUCAUUUCCAA